AUGUCCGGAAAACCAGAAGAUGCCCAACCCAACGAAUUCCGCCUGGCCCGCAAGGGGGCAACCUCCGUUCCCACCAUCCGUGCAAGUCGUCCUCCCACUGUCCGAGGCAGUUUCAGAGGAAAUGCAAGAGGACUAAAUAGAGGCGGAAUGCACACUUCACGCCCUGUGCCGCGCGUGGAUGCCUACCAGCACAGACCGAACCAUAGUCAGCUAUCUGGACACAUUCACGGUGCUACCAGGCCACCACAGACAUCCCAGGACAGCCUUCCAAGAGACUGUCUAAAGAGGCCUUUGACUGUGCAGGAUAGCGAGAGGUCGUCGAAACGACCGCGCCUUGAACUUGCGCAUCCUCCCGUAAAUCAUCAGAUUUUUACCCACUCCGGAUCCGCCAAUCGCAAGUCUGCGCCUAGAAAGCGCAAGCGCAAAGAAGAGGUUGUAGUAAUACUGGUUGAUAUGCCGGAACAUUGCAAGAAGGGCGCCCCAGGUUCUCAUCAGAGUCGUCGCGGAUGGCUUCGCUCACAGAUCGGAGAUCUGGAAUCUACGAAGGGCGUCAAAGUCGUUCAGCAAAGCUUCCAGGGAUCGGCUGUUCGUUUCGAAUGCCGGCCAAACGGGCCUCGCGGGGAAUCAACUCCUGGACCAUCGCCUAACGGGAGUGAUAACGAGGAGCAUCCUAGUAUAUCUGACGUCUCGGGCAAUGCUCGUAAAGACAUUGCUGCCGAGGAGCCGUCGGUUUUCAAACUUCGUCCCUAUUCUGCACCAUCUGUUCGAGGCGAGAAGGUUCCCUCUCAGCUGCUCCAGGACGCCCCAGGUGGCCCUCCCGGUGCUACUCAGAAUGAAUAUCCAUCGGCAUCUACCACCGUUACGCAGGGCAAUUUCAUUCUGGUCAAUGCGCCUUCGUCGGAACGUCAUCUUAUGCACGGAAGGGUUUUAUGUAGCGAAGACACCGACGGUAUAGACCAGUCAUUGCACGAUAGUAGAAAGGAACUUCCACUCGAAUCGAGUCCUGUGCGGCCAUUAGCCGUGUCCGACCGUUCUGCUAUACAUCGCGCUGACUCUCCGUUUGUUUACGACCUAACGAGCUCGGAAUAUCUCCACGGCGAAGACUCGACUAGUGCCAUCCUAUGUCACACAACUUCAGAAUCACCAAACCAUCCACUCGCUUAUUCGUUUCGCUCAGGUUCCUUGACAAUUUCUCCCAGUUCCAAUCACCUCGAACAAGACGAGUCAUGUUCUGAGCCAUUGCGGCAGACAUCCCUCAGGCCAUCGGUGGAAUCGCAUGGUUGGGCUGCAAGAUCCCCCCACAAUUCUCCUCCAACUUGUCAUGAUAGAAGGCCAUCCAUUUCUCGUGAUCAUCCUCCGUUUGACAACCAGCAAUCAUUCCCACAAUCGAACGAUAACUUUAGAUCGCCCAGUCUGUCUCGCGAAGAACACCCGUCUUGUCCAAGUAAUUCGAACGAUGGGUUGAGCACUAGUGCUCUUAACUCGAAGGUUCUAGGCGAUGCAUCAUUGCACGUCGAAACUGCAAAUGAGACAAUACAGUUCCAAAGGGACAGUUACGCCAAACCUCGUCGGUUGCUUACUUCGUCCACCUUUGGUGUGUUUAAUGUCACCGUACGGGGAUCUCUGGAUCUAGUAGGGCGAUCUUUGCCUAGAAAAACGUCUACAUUGUUGUCAGGGCUUAACACGCCCAAACCAAUUGUGGACGACGUGUGUUUACUCAACCUGUCCCACAGUGACUUAAUUGUCAUGGGGCAUGCGCGUGAUGCACAGCAGGUAUCGCUGGUGGAAGUUACAAACCAUAAUGUGAGAGAAGUAGGUUCCUUUGACAGACCGCUGCAGGCCGAGAGGAAGGGUGGUGUCAGCGUCGUUUGUUCAAUGAUGCAGCCGCGAAUGUUUGCGACGGGAGGAUACGACCACAUGGUCCACCUAUGGACUGUGCCGGAGGACAUUGCUCAGACCUCUGCGCCGACUCCCUUGGCAAUUAAGCACAGCUCAAUUGUUCAAUCGUUGCUACCUAUCCGCGACACGAGCCACAAGCUGGUAUCUGCGGGCGCAGAUUGCAAUGUACACAUCUGGGAUCUGUCGUCCGAACGAGUGGUCAACACAUUGAAGACCUCUAACUCCGUGUACCAUGCCCAUCAAGCGUUAUCUCCAUAUUGCACUCUUCUUGAGGUUGCUCAUCGAGAGUUGCAAUUUGAAAUACGCGACCAUCGAUGGGUGCCGAAGACUCCUGUUCAGAGGUUUGGCUACCAUAUAGUCAAGCUUCACGGUAGAUACACAAGAGGUGAUAUGAGAUACAACACUUUUGCGUGUGGAGAUAGAGAGGGUUCGGUGCGGCUGUGGGAUUUGCGCAACCUCAGGAGGACCCUUGACAUCAUUCCUUGCUUCUCGAGCUCCGGUCGGCGUAUAAUCCAGGUUGCUUUCGAUAACAACCACUUGAUCGUUUCUUCCGAAGAUCACCAGCUUGCAUUCAUGCAACAUAGUGGCGGGAGCGCUGUGGGUUGUAGCAGCACUCAGCAGAGUUCAAUGCCGGCUCCAUGA